ACAAACACAGAGCCCAAGAAAAAGGGAAGACCAGAUACUUCCAUCAAGGUUGACUUCCGUGCGGCACAUUUAUUUGUCAGUCAAUCGGGGAAACGUGGUUAAAAACCAUAAUUGUAAUUUAUUACCAAAAGGCGUUUGCGUCAUCAUAUAAAGACGCUUCAACGUUAGUUUUCAGUAUUCGAGAUGUACUUAUUUUCCAUCAUGCUGCUGUGUCAGUUCUCAUUGGGUCUUCCAACAGACACAGUCAUCCAGAUACGGCAAUGGGGAGUGGUCGGCGGAGAGCGGGUAUUGGAGCAGGUUUUGGUUAAUGGUGUCAAUCUAACAAACCGAAACGAUGAAAUCAACAAGAUUAUUCGGACCAUUCUGGGCGAUGCGCCGACUCGAAGGCAAGCCUUUGACUUGCACACGGAAGUCAGCGAAGCUGCGAUGUCAAAAAACCACACUCUGCUCCGUGUGCGCGAAUGCAUAGUUGACGGGUCCUCCCUAUCGGUGCAAUUGUCCGAUCGUAUAUUGUGCAAUGGGAAGGUGUACCUGACCCUGGAUCGGACCACGGACACACGGCUUGCACCCAAAAGACUGCGGGACAAGAAUCCAGUGAGCACUGGGAAUGAGAGGGGACAGCUUCAGGAGGGAUGCAUCCACCUCAUGCAAGAGUUAAAGCUCUCUCAAGCCAAAUCCGUUUCGGGUCUUCCUGUGCCUGCUGUUUUGACUCCAGUAUUGGCACUAAUCGUUUCCAUUUUGCUGGUUAUUAUCAGCCUCCUCAUCUCUAAAAAGUAUGGCUUCAGGCACCCUGGAGGUGUUAUUGGCUCAAUUAUACACUAUCCUCAGAACAUCACAGAAAUACCUCAAGAAAGAAAAGGCAAUGGUUACCAGGCCAUCUAAGUCAAAGAGGAUGCUAACUUUUAUCAGGUUCAUAUAAGCUCUUGCACCGUUACUCUGGCUAUUACGGACACUGCCACCCAUGCCCAUGGAUGCUUUUGAAUCACAACAGUAACUAAAGCUUUCUUUUCAAAAGCCUGUUGUAAUGGAUGACAAUAUUUUAAGCCUUGAAUUUUCCGGGUAAUUUUUCCAGGAUUCCCUGUUGCACUUUAUUAUAUCCUUUGCAUCUUAUUACACUGGUACUUCUUUGUACCUUAGGACACAAGGUCAGUUGUAGAAAGGCUUUGUCUCUUGUGGAAUAGUGGGCUUUGUGACCACAAUAUUUUUUUUAAUGUAGAAUCAAAAGCUAUAAGCAUGGCCAUUUUCAUCAAUAAACACAUCAAUUAGCACAAAUGCUGGUUAAGAACUGCAAGAUCAAGAAUUUAUUUGGGCAUCUUUAUGAAAUUUGUGAAAAAAAAAUGGUUAAGACUGUGUAUACAUCUGUCCAAAUCUGAUCCAGACUGGUCUUGACAAUAAAUACAGCUAAAAUAUCCACUAUGUCUGACUAGCCCAUGAACCUCUCAGAACUUGUUAUAGAUUAUUUUUUAUCUGUCUUGACACUGUGUUUUGGGAUUACCAUGUAGAUUUGUUUUAUUGUAUUCUAUUGAUUAGGCAUCACAUGUGAUGCUGUAGAGGUGUCAAAUCGUAUAGGCACGCUGGAGGGUGUACAUCAGGAAGCCUAAAGUCAAUUUCAGUUUGAGAACAGGCGAUCUUUAAGAUUUGGGUCUUGAUGGCAUCGUUGGGUCAAAGCUCCCGCUACUCUGACUGCAUACAUAAUCAGAUUCUACUUGGUUGUUGUGAAAGAAAGAAACAAAGCAAAAUGGAUGGGGAUUUUUUUUUAGACAUUCAUAGCAGAAGUAAUUGACCUUUACUGGUGGCUCCUCAGCGUUCUCACAGUUCUCUCUUUCAUGCACUGCUUGACCUCGGAGCAGUUGCUCAGAACAUUAAGGACUGAAUGUGAUUUCUGUGAAUUUGAUUAAAUUUAAUGUUGCCGUUGAUUUACUGAGUGAGCAUGAAUGGCGAUACCGUUGUUGUUUGGCUGUUUGGCUGUAACAGUGCUCAGACCUAUUCAUCAUUGUUUAGAUCCAAAUUAAACCCCUUUUGUCAAGUUGCGCUUUUACAUUACAUUGUUAAAAAAAAUAAAAUCUUUUAC